AUGCAACGCACGCUCGCGCUGCUGCUGGCCUUCGCGUGCACCGCUCUGCUGCUCCUGCGGGAGCAGCGGCGUUUCGUCCUCGCGACCAGUCCCGGCGGCUCGGCAGCCCUCGAGGCGUACUGCGGAGCUCCGCCUCAGGGUUCGGAGGGCAAGGUCACAGCAGACGGCCUGAAGCUCGUCGGCGUGCUCGUCACGAUUCGGCACGGCGACCGCUCGUCGAUCCACUCGCUUCCCAACACGAACACGACUGCUCGCUGGAUGUGCCGGCCGGUCGGUAGCGAGCAGAAGCAGGCAGCGGCGCAGGUGGCGGUGGUCGGCCUGGACGGCAGCCCUUUCUACCGCCCUCUGCUGCCAAAGACGCUUCCCGGCCGGCACGGCGACUGCGCUCCCGGCCAGCUCACGCCGCGCGGCUUUGCGCAGCACGUGGCGCUCGGCAGGCACGCCGUUGACAGAUGCCCGAUGCGUCCGGACAGCAGUGCACGAGCCUCACACCGAAUGACACGCUGUUGGGUCCGAAAAUUGCUAUGCCAGCCCCCGCCGCCGAGUGUACCGCACUAA